UACCUAUAUAAAUAAGAAGACUCAAGGAUUGGUAAUAGCACACCAAAGUUGAGCUUCCAUUACAAUAUUAGAGGGAAACUAAAAAGAAAAAAAAAAAGAACAAAACCAUGGCAAGCAAGUAUCAACUUCGUUCCAUUAGUUUGCCAUCAAGAUCUCAUCCAAGCACUAUUAGAGUUGAUGAAGAACUCAUCAAGCUCAAGACAUGGGAAGCAACAUCAACAUCAACAUCUAAGUCAAUUGCCAUUGGCUUUUCCUUGCUUCAAGAUUUGUACCUCUCAUUGGAUGCAUUUCUCAACAUGGCAUCAACACAACAUGUGAUUUCUCAAAACCAAGGUGGUGAUGAGAAAUAUUUUGAAGAGGUCUUGGAUGGUUCAAUUAGGGUUUUGGACAUUUGUGGCAUCACAAGAGACAUUAUUCUACAAAUUAAGGAGAAUGUUCAAUCCCUUCAUUCUUCUCUAAGAAGAAGAAAAGGAGACUCAAGUGUUGAGAAAAGUGUGCUUGAGUACAAUUUAUUCACCAAGAAGAUGAAGAAGAAUUCCAAGAAGGUAAUCACAAAUUUGAAGCAUAUGGAUAGCAAUUUUGGGGUGUCACCAAUUUUGAAUCUUGGUGACCACUUUGGUGCUGUGGUUAGGGUUCUUAGGGAAGUGAUACUAAUGAACUUGUUUGUGUUCCAAUUACUAUUGUCUUUCUUCAAUAUGUCAAAGUCAAAGUCAAAGUCAAAGUCAACCAAAUGGUUGAUGGUGGCAAAACUUUUGCACAAAGGGGUCAUAGCUUGUGAUGAAGAUAACUCACAAAAUGUCAAUGAGUUGCAAUGUGUGGAAGCAUCUCUAAGUACCCUUUUAAUUGAAGGGAUUAAUAAUGGUGAGAAGAUGCAUAUAGCACAUGAAAAGUUGGGGGCUUUGGAGAAUGUUCUAGAAAGCCUUGAUAAUAAUUUGGAUAGCACAUUUAGGAACUUGAUUAAGACUAGAGCCUCCCUUUUGAAUAUGAUCUCUGUCCAUCACAAAAUUUGGUUACCCUUUAUCAUGAAAAGGGCAACCAUGGCUACCUUUAAACAUUCUAGCAAAUAUGGUGUUAGAUCUAUUAGUUUACCAACUAGAUCACAUCCAAGCACAAUUCAAGUAGAAGAAGAGCUCAACAAGCUUAAAUCAUGGGAUUCAUCAUCAUCAUCAUCAUCUUUGUCAAAGGUUGAAACAAUUUGCUAUGGUCUAUUAGGCCUUGGUAAAUUGUAUAAGUGCAUAGAAGAUCUCUUGAAAUUGCCAUUGACCCAACAAGCAUUAGGUCAACAUAAAGAUGAGAAAUGGGUGAAUGAGUUCUUGGAUUGCCCCUUAAGGUUCCUUGAUCUAUUGGGAAAAACAAGGGAUUCCAUCAUGUUGAUGAAAUCAAGUGUUGAAGAUCUUCAAUCUUCACUUAGGAGGAGAAAGAUUGGAAAUCUUGACAUUGAAGGACACAUCUCUUCAUAUUGGAGCCUUAGAAGGAACAUUAGAAAAGAAUGCACAAAAAAUUUGCUUUUUUUGAAGCAAAUUGAUGAUGGGCCAUUUCCUCCUCCUCCUUUGGAUCUUGAUGAUGAUAACCAUCUUUGUGCAUUGGUAAGAGUUCUUAGAGAAUCAAGUUUGAUCACAAGCUCAAUUUUCCAAUCACUUUUUGUGUUCCUUUCUUCAUCAAUCUUGAAAUCAAAGCCUACUAAAUGGGCAUUUGUGUCAAGAUUGGUGCAUAAGGGUGUUCUUAUUUCUUGCAACAACAAUCAACAAGAGAAUGUUAAUGCUCUUGAAAAAGUGGAUCUAUCACUUUGCAACUUGGAACUUACUAUUAUGGAGAAUUUGAACAAAGAAGAAGUGGGUGAGAGGAUUCAAUCUACAAAUAGAAGCCUUGAAGCUUUGGUAUUAGGAAUUCAAGGGAUUGAAGAAGGGUUAGAGUGCUUGUUUAAGCACUUGAUUAAUACUAGGGUGUCUUUUCUUAAUAUAAUUUCUCCUUGAGCAUAAUAUAUUUUUAAUUUUAGGCAUGUAUAGUAUAUAUAUAGUUAUGCAUA